AUGUCCAUGAAAGCUGUAAUUGUCAAAAGUGUCAUUUCUGGCGACUCUCUAGUUCUUCGUGGUCGUCCGGGUCCUCAAGGACAGGCUCCCAAAGAAAGGGUGCUGCAUUUGGCAGAUAUCAGUGCCCCCAGAAUGGGAUCCUCGACCAGGGACGACGAAGCAUGGGCUUUCGAAUCCCGCGAAUUCCUUAGGGCGCUAGCUGUCGGAAAGGAGAUAUCUUUCGUUUCCACUCAUUCGUUACCUUCAAACGACGAUGUUCCUAGGGAUAUAGGCAACGGCGAGAUUGGUGGGGUAGACCUCGCUACGGAACUUCUUAAGAAUGGCUGGGCCAAAUUGAAGGAGUCAAAAAGAGAACCAACCGAAGAGGACAACCGGAAACGUGAACUAGAAGACGAAGCCAAAUCGAGCGGAAAAGGAUGCUGGAAUCCACAUGGACCCAAGGCACGGGUCGUUCAUCACAACAUGCCCGUCGAUUCGCAGGCGUUUUUGACUGAGUGGAAAGGGAAAACUAUUGAUGCAAUCGUGGAGCAAGUCCGUGACGGAUCAACUCUGAGAGUUCGCCUGCUUUUGCCCGAAGGAGACCAACAAAUGGUUAAUAUAGCAUUGGCUGGCGUCCGUUCUGCUAAAGCCUCCUCUAAGCAGGGAGAAACGGCGGAACCAUGGGGUGAAGAAGCCAAGUUCUUCACAGAAUCUCGUCUUUUACAGCGUUCUGUUAAGGUGGAGAUACUCUCGCUUCCAACCUCGACGGUAACUCCGUUCCAGUCUGCGGCCAACAACAAUGCCCCUGCCACCGCAAGUGUCCUCAUCGGAAAUGUAUUGCAUCCUGCUGGAAAUAUUGCCGAGUUCCUGGUCGCUGCGGGCUUGGCUCGUGUCGUUGACUGGCAUGCAGGAAUGCUGGCUGCCGGUGGAAAUAUGGAACGACUUCGAGUUGCUGAAAAGUCGGCGAAAGAGAAGCGCGCGUGCCUAUAUGCAAGUGUGCCGGCUCCCUCCGUUUCCAAACCUGGAGCAUCUCUGAACGGGAACCGAACGUUCGAGGCACAGGUCGUUCGUAUCUGGAGUGGUGACCAAAUAUCAGUAGUUGAGAAGGAUUCAGGCAGGGAGCGACGAUUGCAGCUUAGCUCCACAAGAGGACCGAAGCUUUCAGACCCCAAGCAAGCUUUCUAUGCACAAGAGGCCAGGGAAUUUUUACGAAAGAAACUCAUCGGUAAAAGUGUCAAGGUCAACGUCGAUUUUGUCCGGCCAAAGGAGGGGGAAUUUGAAGAGAGGGAGUGUGCCACAGUUAGGUUUGGUGGGGGUAACACCAACAUUGCAGAGCAGCUCAUAGAGAAAGGUCUGGCAGGGGUAGUCCGCCACAAACGCGACGAUGAAGACCGUUCACCGGAUUAUGAUAAGUUGAUGGCUGCUGAACAAGCAGCGGUUGCGGCGGCUCGAGGAAUACAUUCUGGGAAAGAGUUACCUCCGCCAAAGCAACCGCUCAAUAUCUCAGAAACUGCCUCCCGUGCCACCCAAUUUGCAAACGGCUUCAAACGGCUUGGAAGAUUACCUGCAGUUGUAGAGUAUGUGGCCGCUGGAUCUCGAUUCAAAUUAUACUUACCAAAAGACAAUCAAACAUUAACUCUGGUUCUUGGCGGUAUCCGGGCCCCUCGGACGGCAAGAAAUGCAUCUGAAAAGUCCGAGCCUUACGGUCAAGAAGCGUUGGAUUUCGCCGUCCGACGAUAUAUGCAAAGAGACGUAGAGUUUGAAGUCCAAACCGUAGAUAAAUCUGGAGGCUUCAUCGGGGCGUUAUACCUCAACAAGACUGAGAAUGCCGCAAUCGCACUCGUGCAAGAGGGACUCGCCAGUGUCCACUCGUAUUCUGCAGAUGGACUACCCUGGGCCAAACAACUCUACGACGCGGAGGCAGCAGCCAAAAGCGCCAAAAUUAACUUGUGGAAGGACUACGAUGAGGAGGCUGAGAUUGCUGCAACACAAGCGGACGUAGCUGACGAGACCGGCCCUCUCAAGCAGGAGUACCUCGAUGUUAUCGUUAGCGAUGUUCGUACUAAGAAUGGUUUUGUGUUCUCUGUUCAAUUACUGAACACAGAGGGAAUUGCUUCGUUGGAAAAACUUAUGCGAGACUUCGCCCUACACCACUCUGGGUCCGUGACAACACCCGCCGGUUUCGUUCCGAAGGGGGGCGAACUCGUUUCGGCGAAGUUUUCUGAUGGGUCAUGGUACCGCGCUAAAAUCCGUCGUUCGUCACCUCUCAAAAAGGAGGCAGAGCUCACCUUCAUUGACUACGGAAACCAAGAAACAGUCCCAUUUUCACAGAUACGACCUCUUGAUCCUAAAUUCCGGCUACUUCCAGGUCAAGCGCAUGACGCGAGAUUGAGCUUCAUCAAACUCGUCGAUUCUGAAAGCGAUUACUUUCCUGAAGCUAUUGGUCGAUUCAGGUCACUCUGCGAAGGUCGCAAGCUGAUAGCAAACGUUGAUCAUAGAGAAAGCAGCCUUCUUCAUCUUCGUCUCAUUGAUCCUUCGGAUACCAACACCGCUCAAGACUCUCUUUCAUGCAUCAAUGCGGACCUACUUCGUGAAGGUGUCGCCAUGAUUGAUCGGAAAGGGUGCAAGUAUAUUGGAUCGUACCCGCAGCUGUUGAAGAAGCUCCAGCAGUCGGUGCUGGAAGCUAAGAGGGAGAGACUUGGGAUGUUUGAGUUCGGAGACGUCGAGGAGGAUGACGAUUGA